CAGCUGUAUUACUCAUUGUUGUGUAACUUCGGUCUUCAAAUGGAAGUUCAUAUGAGUUUGUUUGUCUCACCAAUUGUCUUUCCUCUUGCAUUUUCCAUAAAUGCUAACUAUCAACGUCGUGAAUCUGUACUUGAAGACUUUAGCAAUGUUUAAAUCAUCUUCUUUGGUUUUGUUCUUUUGUCACAGAGAUUGAUCGAAGCUGCGGAAUUGCCUGUCGAUUUAUUAAGACUUUGUCCAAUAAGCUAAAAUUUCUUGUCAUAAAUAUAAGAGAGUUUCUCUUGACUGAGGAGUCCAUGAAGCGGCAAUAUAUCCUUAAGGCAAUUUAUGAAGAUUUAAGUGAUGUCGCGCAGUUGAAUGACAAAAUUCGCACAUCGACCCUCAAAAGUAACUCUGCGUUGGUAGCUCGUAUCAUACAUUGUCACAAUUUAAUGUGUUGGUCUUUGAAACUUCGUGUCAUCCGGGAAUACAGCUCUCCCCGGUCCCUUCGCGCCUUUACUAAAGUUUUCAUCUUCUUGAUGCCUUUACUACUGUCUCCGUAUUAUGUGUACAGCGGUAAUCAGACUGAGAGUACAUGGGCGCCUUACUACUUAAGUGUUAUGGUGUCUUUUCUAUUUGGAUCUCUUCAAGCUGUUCAGGAUAAAUUGGAUGAUCCAUUUGAUGGUAUUGGUGAAGAUGAUGUUAAGUUAGAACAGCUUGAUGAUUGGACAACUCAUUCUUUAUUAACAAACAGAACGGUUACGAUUGGUCAGUUUACCGUCACGACGCAAACAGCAGCCAAUGAGAACAACAGAAGUACAUCACCUAUUGCAAACGUUGAAUGAUGAACAUUCUCCUAAAAAUUUUAUUGAAAAUGGAUCACAAGAAAGCCGUCGCUUUACUUUUCAGGCGGAAGGUUCGCCCAACAAAUUAAGACGAAUAUUUCCGAGGAAGUCCGAACGAAAUACGGAAGGUCGAAAACUACCAAAGAUAGAACUAACUGAAAAUGAGUUUACGGAUGAGCUCGAGUCUCGUUGCCAUGGUAUCGCAUCUAAAUUAGAAGGAAAGAUGUUGUGCUUCCUGGCAAUCGAAUACCGUACAUUUAUAAUGAAUAUGAGGGAAUCGCCUCACCAGAAACAGAUAUAAAGUUAACAAAGGACGACUUGGCCGCGUUAACGAACGAAUCGUAGAUAGAUCUUUGAUAAAAAAGAUAUCGAGAAUGAAAAGUUCAAUAAAACAUUAUUGAAGGUUCCUGAACAAAUUCUGCAGUAUAAAAAGUCCGAUCUUUCAAUAAAACGUGAAGAAACGCAGGAAAAACGGCCUUCAGUGUUGGGUAUGUUUUCUACAUCUCAUUCUGAUACCAAUAUUGAGGUAAGUGGCAAUCUUUCUAGUGCUCCCGAAGUCUUCUCGCCUUCUACCGAUUUAUCUUCGGAUAAAGCCGACGUACAUUCGGCUAGUAGAGGCAAUACACCAUCACGAACUAAUUCAUCGAAGAAUUUACUAUCAAUAAGAGACGAGCGUGCUACUGCGGUACAACCGGUCAGCCGUUUUAAGACCGAAAAAACUAUACCGCAAAAAAGUCAACGGAAUGGUGGUGAAUUAUCAUCCGUGAGUGAUACUUUACCGCCUCUACGGUUUUGUUUGCCGGGUAAAAAUCUCCGCAGCAAAAAUAAAGGUGGGAGAUCGAAGGGUCGUAAACGGGCGAAAAAAGGUGUUAAAGAAGAAACUAAGUUGCCUUCAGAAAGCGUGCAUCUUAGUGACUUUAACUCGCGAUCGCCAUUGCUAUUACGUCAUUACGAUAGCGAUGACCUCAUUGAGGUAUCUGAAGUGGAUGCUAAUAAUGAUGAGAAACUGUCAAAUUCGGAUUCUGGGAAUGAUGUUAAUGGGCAAACUGAAAAUGCUUCAGAAGGUUCAGUGGAACUCGCAUCUGAUGAUGAAAAUAAUGGAUUUAUUGGUGAUUGCGAAACUAAAUUUUUAUCAAAUGAUGAAAGAACUGCUCAAUCUGAGACUGUGAAGCAGGAUGACAUUGAUAAAUGGGAUUUUGACAUUGAUGAUAGUUCCACUAAACAAGAUAUUGAAAGAUCACCUAAGGUUAAUUCAAAGGUUGAUGAAGACAUUAAAGAAGAAAGAUCUAGUCUACUAUCACCUCCUUCUAAAGAAAAUGGCUGUUCUCGUUUCCAUGUGUUAAAAAGCACUGAAAAUCUGUCAGAUACGAAGGAAAACAGUUCUCUGUCAAGUCGUUUUACUGUCUCGCGUUCUUAUGGCAAGUUUUAUUUCGAUUCAAUACUCCAAGCUUUAUUUGGAUUUUCUUCAAGUGGAGAAUCCGAUGAACUUAUAAAGAUAUUUUUCAACCUUGAACAUAUUGACAUCCUUGGCUGUGAAAAAUCCUAUCAACUAAAAUUUCCAGGUAAAAAAGUGAGAAUAGUCUGUGAGGGAUCUGUCUUGAACAUAGAUUGUCCUCUUGCUCAAAAGAUUCGCAUGUUUUCGGCGAAUUUUGGUAGAACUAAUAAAAACUUGUGUGCGUUGAAGAACCAGAGCUACGAUGAUGUCAAUUGUGUAUCGAAGAAAGCAAAGACAAUUAUUUAUCAAAAAUGCGAGGAUAAAAUAUUUUGUGUUGUAAGAGCAAAUUCUUCUGUGUUCGGUGAAGAUUCUUGUCCUGGAGUCAUUAAGUACAUUGAUGUCAUUUAUGAAUGUGUCAGUGUUUAUAAAACUUCAAGAAAACCAGCAUCUGUAACACCGCCAUUGAUUAAAACAACCCAGUUAAAAACAACAUUAGCAAAAACAACGAUGAAGACAAGAGACAAUUUAACGACAGUCCAACCAAAUGAAGGCCGAAUUGUAAAUGUUGAUGUUCCAAUCGUCAACAAACCAAAUGAAACGAUACCAGCUGCAAGCAGUCGUAAGAUAAAUGAUUUUAAUUUUUUUCGUUCUGUUUUGGUUAUGCUGGUUUUACUCAAAGAUAAGCCAAACCAUUCAUUACUGAGUGUGCUGAUCGGUGUGGCCGCGGGCUCAGUUGUAGCUUUAGCUACAGUGUUAAUAUGUGUAUGUGUGGGCAAAAAACGUAAAUCUAAAAAGUCAUCUGAUAUCGAAGGCGACCACAAGAACGAUGGUGCUAUUGAACUUGAAAAAAGCGAACUAUUGGCGAGGGAGAUGAAGGAAAAUAAUGAUAACAAAACGGCUAAAACAGAUGAUCAAGUAGAUUCGGCAUUUUGUGAUGAUGAUUUAGAUGGCAAUUUAUCCAAUGGUUAUGAAACGACGUCAGAUUUAGCUUAUUUAGAUGCUUAUCUUGAGGAAUAUAAUAAAAAUCGCAGUCUCCCCAGACCUCCUGUUGACUGCAAUAGCAAUAGUAGCACACUGCGCAUGUCUCGUGGAAGUUACAAUGACGGGAUGAAAGGUCUUGGUUAUGAUUACAUUGUAAAAAAUCAUGGAAAUUUUUCCACUUUUUCAAAAAGAUGAUUUUUGAAUAAAGGAGGACAGAAAUAUUCCUUUUAGACUUUCAAAUGUCAACUUUAUUUCUUUAAACAUCAAUAUUUAACGAAAUAUUGUGAUACUAAUGAAAAAUAUUUUUCAAAAGAGAUAACCGACAAAUUUUAGGUUAUUUCAUUUAUUCGUUUUCUAUAGUUGACAUGCUGUAGUUCGUUUGAGUUCAAUAAAUGAAAGACAGCUGUUUUA